CCGGAGCGCGGCUCAGAUUCCGCGUGUCAUCCGUACUGAUCACCACGUGAUGUGAGAGGAUUCCGCGAGUUGAUUUAUUAUUUUUGGUAAACGAUGUUCGCGGUUGUCGUGAUUGUGCUUUCCGCUAUCGGGCAACGGGUCCUUUCCGAAGCUACAGGACAAGCUCGUCACGCACGAAAUUUAGAAUCAAACGGCAUAUCAGUUUUGGGAGGAGGCGAUUUUAAUCAUGAUGCGGCGUUCCCCAGGUUCGCAGAGCCGAUACCAAACGUCACAGUCACUGUCGGUAGAGACGCACUUCUUGCUUGCGUUGUCGACAAUCUUCGAGGAUUUAAGGUUGCAUGGGUACGAGUUGACACGCAAACGAUUCUCUCGAUCCACCACAAUGUCAUAACGCAAAACCCGCGAAUAUCGUUGAGCUACAACGACCACCGUUCGUGGUAUUUGCACAUUAAAAACGUUCAGGAAGCAGACAGGGGCUGGUAUAUGUGCCAAGUCAACACCGACCCGAUGCGGAGCAGGCAGGGUUACCUACAAGUUGUUGUGCCUCCGAGCAUAAUAGACAGGGAGACCAGCGCUGACAUGGUAGUGCUCGAAUCCACGAACGUGAGUUUAACUUGCAAGGCGACCGGUUACCCGGAACCCUACGUUAUGUGGAGACGGGAAGAUGGGGAAGAUAUCCGUUACAAUGGAGAAAACGUUAACGUUGUAGAUGGGGAAAUUCUUUUUAUAACCAAAGUUAGCAGACUUCACAUGGCAGUGUAUCUCUGCAUAGCUUCUAAUGGUGUACCACCAUCAAUUAGCAAACGAGUACAACUAAAGGUGCAAUUUCCGCCGAUGCUCUCGAUACCGAAUCAAUUGGAAGGGGCUUACAUCGGACAGGACGUAACGCUUGAGUGUCGGACGGAGGCCUUUCCCACCUCCAUCAACUACUGGACCACCGAAAGGGGCGACAUGAUCAUCUCAGGUAGUGAUAAAUAUGAAGCAGUUUCUAUGGAUAAUGGUUAUAAAAAAUAUAUGAUGCUGAAAAUUAGAAGAGUCAACAAAUCAGAUUUUGGCUCUUACAAAUGUGUCGCUAAAAAUUCAUUAGGCGAAACAGAUGGCGUCAUAAAACUUGAUGAAAUACCGGCGCCGACGACUGUAAAGACGACAACACAUCUUCCAACAAUAAUGCCAAAAAAGAAAGAAUACGACUACGACAGCGAGUACACACUGCCUUCGAACGGGCCGCCUCCAAUCCGCGAGCCCCCAGGCGCGUUCAGUACAGCCGCUCCUAGAGUCCAAAACUUUAACGCUGUUUUGCUCCUCUCUCUUACACUUUGCUUGUUUGAAAGUUGCCUAAGGUGAUCCUUUUUCAAAUCCAAUUAGAACAAGGAAAACGAAGAGGCAUCAAAUAAAAAACGACGGAGGCGAAACGGUGAUAAAAACAUAUCCUGAACGAGACUGACUGUACAUAUUGUAAAUUUCAUAGUGUUAUUUAUAAGAUACUUAAAGAUGAUUAUGUGAACAUUACCGCGCCUGAUGAUUUUUGUAGAGUAGUUAUUACCCCCUUAAAACGCUAAAAAAUGCUCUAGUGUGACGAUGAAUCGGAAUAAAUGUAACCAUAGUUUAGUAAAAAUAAUUAAAGUAACAUACAUUGUUAGAAUAAAAAAAUGCUUUUGUUUGGUUUGUAAAAAAUUGUAUUAAAA